UAAAAAAAGCGUCAGAUAUUUCAAAUAUUUUUCCUCAUGAAUUUUUGUCUUCUUAAAAAUUGUGUGUGUUUUGAAAUUUUAAUUUUUUUUUUUAAAGAAACUUUACACCAAGCUUGAAAUCUAAACGACUUUUUGUAGGAGCUUAAGCACUCCUCCCUUUAUAUUACCGAACUUUCCAAAUUGUGUGUAAAUAUUCAGUCGCCAAACAUGAAAUUAUCCGAGUUCAAAACAUUGCCAGUUGUGCCCUACACAAACGUCGAGAUCUGUGGACUGCCCUUCUCGAUACAGGUCAUCAUUCAAGCUUUUGCGACGAAAGAAGCACUCAGCUUGCCAAGAAGUCUCACACAAGAAUACAUGAACUGCACGGGCCUGGGCUACAAGCUGCUUAACAACGAUUGGAGCGAUUAUAUUGCAGAGUUUCCGUGGUUGAUUGCUGUUCUAAUAUACUCAACGCUACUGCCAAUUAUUUGUCUGAUUUGGUGCAUCUUUCAGUUUCGAUCAAAGCGAGUACGUCGCUUUGAGCGGUCUCCCGUGCCUUCGUGGCGUUAUAUACUCUCAACAUUACUCUUCUUAUUAAAAAUACUUUACAGCUUCUUUAUCUGGUUUACCUACACAGCCUAUCAAAAUCAUCCAACGAGAAGCUAUCGCGAACCUGAGAGUAAUGUGAAUAUGGUGAAAAUACUAUACGAUCAGACUUUAGAUGUCAUCGAUCAUAUAUCCACCGAAAAUAUCGAGGUCGUACAAGAGUUUAUGAAGAAGUUGGCCGAUGAAAUGAUAUCCAGCCUCAACGAUUCAGCACCGGAAUUAAUAAAGAAUCUCAAUGGCAGCAUGCUCUUGAACAUACAAUCAGACAGCGUUGAUAUACAGCCUAUCUUAAAGGAGUUGCGCAAGGAUAUGCAGAGCUUACUUGCAGACAUAAUGCAAUUAACAGAUCUCACGAGACUUUUCCAGCGGAACACCACAACAUUUUUGCUUAUGAGCAAUAUCUCGGACCCAACUUAUAUCAAUCUGCUCAACAAUGAAGUCAACGGCAAUAAACACAAAAUUAUUACGCUACUCAAUAUCGAACGUGUGUUAUCCAAUAUAGAAGACAUCGUUACAGUGUCAAUAGAGUUGCCAGCUUUGCGGCAAGCUUUCGCAAAAAGCCUUGAAGACUUGCACAAUUAUUACGGUUCGGUUUUAACGACUAUGUGGGCGGAGAAAGUAAAUGAAAUGAAUGCCAAUUAUUUGGAAAUUAUCAAAGCUGUGAAGAAACUUCGUACGGAAGUACCACGCGAUGUUAUGAUACAUUUACCAAAUGAUAUCUAUUCAUAUCAAUUGUUUUUUCUUAUCAUCGCUAUAAUGAUAUCUGUGCUGUGCUGGAUGCAACUCUGUUAUGCUGUGUACCAUGCGGUCUCUAUGCGCUUUAAGAAGCGGAAAUAUAUACUAGUGAGCAUCGUCGUCGUCAUCUGUAUUACGUCCAUAAUACUCUGUUUGAUAGCGAGUCUCAGUUUCUUUGUGGGCACAUCGUUUUUCAAUUUCAGACAGGACACCUCCAGUCUCGAUAAUCCCUGCGGCUUGGACUCCAAAUCCUACUGCGAUUCACAAAAUAAGAUUCUCAGCCUACUUGCCGAGAGCGCUUUUGGUCCCCAAGCAGAGAUCUACAACGCAAUGCAAUUACAAAAUCAACGUGUUUUCGAGACGCUACGUGUGGCCUUACCCAACGCCGCGGGCAUUUCGAAUAUUCUGCAAAUGCUGCAGUAUGCGGAUUUCAGUGGCACUGUCUUCAGUUCGGGCAACAUGUUCAAUGUUAUGAAACAGGAAAUGAAUAUGGAGAAUUGGUAUGCGAUUGCUGAACGGCUGAGUACACAUGUACCCAUUGCAGUUGGAGACACGCUGGACAACAAAUCUACACACUACGAGAGCAUGCUGGCAUGCAACUUGCAAAUGGUGAAAACGCACGUCUUUGAACCACUGAUGUCGAAGGAUAUAGUCGAAAAUGUGAAUGGACUAUCGCAGAAUGCACAACGCCUCGCUGCACUACUACCGAUCACAAAUUUGACCACACUACUGCGGAAGAGUCUCAGCGAGAUGCGUAUAUUACAUGAUUACUUCGAGAUAGAGUUUAAGGAUUUGCUCAAUAGCAAAAUGCAGCAACUGCUAAUGGAUUAUGACUUGGAGAUGAUGUUAUAUACGAGCCAUGUCGCCUUCAUGCCCAACUGUCGGGACUUCAAAAUGUCAACUGUCGGUAUACCGCGUCAGUUGUACGAGUGCAUUGAGAGUUGUUUGCACGGUUUCUGGAUUGGCGCUUUCAGCAUACUCAUACUACUCUUUCCGAUAUUGAUCAUCUGCAUGCUGCUCGCCUAUCUCUACGACAGAUAUCCCUAUUCGACGCAAAGCGGCGCAAGCAGUGGAUCGACCCCACCGCCCGAGGACGAUGCAUCGCGCACCAGCAGCACCGGCACAGUCAGUGAUACUGCCUCGGUUAAUGAACCUGUAAAUGAGACAACUUCGCCGAAAAGUACUUGGAAAGAUAAAUUUGGCAUGCGUCGAAAACGAUCACAUGUUACCUUUGAUACACCACCCUCACCGAACGAGAAUGAUACUACAACUAAUAAGUUAGCAACCGCACAACGUUCAAGUACGGCGAAGAUCAGAGAUUUAAUUUAUUCCAUAUUAAAGUCGGCGCCGAGCACGACUGCGGCCGAAGAGUCCAAAUUAAGUGGCAGUACAACAACAUCCGAAGAAUCCAGCGAGGCUGAGCUUGCUUAGGCAAAAGGGUGGUAGAUAGUGGAUUCAAUAGUAAAUUUGUGGUUAUUUUUUGCUAGAGAUCGAAUAUGUACUUAUAUAUUUAUAAUUUACAAUAAAUGACGCGACAUUUUUUCUU